GUAUACCCUGCGGGGCUCGGGGACUGAACGCUGAAUGCUAGAUUAGGAAGAGAGGAUACUACUACUCCGUAGUCCCCGAGACACCAUGGAAAGGGAAACCACCACGCACUCUUGCUCCGUGCUUUUAGGCAACAGAUCCCGGGAAGCGAAAAGCAGCACUAGGGGAACUCGGGAGUGGGAGUGGGAUGCGCUUUUCACGGCGCGCCGGAUCCGACGUGGCCGGUUAGAUAGUAUUCCGUCGCCGGAGAAAGGACAAAAAGAGGAGUCAGAGAGUCAUGACCUUGCAGUGGAAUUCGGUGCGAGGCAUUUGGUCGUACGAUGGAUCCAAAAGUGAUAAACAUAUUGACUUGGCUGGCUACCUACCCCUAUCAGUGGCUCUGGGAAUCGGAUACUUGCCUAGUUAGGCAAGGCGUGGGCGUGCCUGGCUCUCGGACGGUCGGAAAACGGCACUCCAUCGCCAUUCGGCCUAUCAUUGCUGUGGCUGAGUUGGGUUGGACCAAUGGCAAGGAUGAUAUGCACGGAUCAUCCGCGGGUCUGUCCUGGUCUUUUCCCGGUCGGUACGCUGUGUGUACCUGCAUAUACGGUAUCCAGUCGAUCAGUGUGGUAAGAUGGAAAAAAGAAAUUAUACUCCGUAUUCAACCUCCAGAUGCAUGCUUGUUUCCCUCUCUCUUUUUCUCUCGGCUUUCACUAUCCCCGGAUUUGUCUUGCCCUACCGUAUUAAUAGCACCCGUUCAUGUGUUCGUAGGAAGGUGCCAGCGAUUAAUUAAUUUAUAAAUUAAUAGAUUCGGCGAUAGAAUCCAGAUGGAAGACUAGCCCCCGACUAACCGCCUCAGUAGUCUGUAGUCUGUACAAGUCAGCACGAGUGCCGAACAACGCUUCUCCACCCACCCCCCCUAGCGCUGUCAUCCGCAGUGGUCCAAUCAGGGCUUAUGUGAUGGCGAGAGGGGCGGGUACCUGGACCGAAUCGCCAGGGAUAAUGGUGGAAGUGGUCGGCACGGGCGGAGUGCAGCGCCAAAGAUCAGUGAGUGAUUUGCGCUGAACGACAGA